UGACGCAGUUGUGAUGUAAUUUCCUCGGCUCCUCCUCGCCCGACUAUUAUAACCUAUGAGAGACACUACAGAGAUUAACUUUGGACUCCAGUGAUACAGGAGCGACAUGGAAAACGGAGUACAGGAACAACCUCUGAACCAGGCAGAACUGCUUGCACAGAUGUUUCCCACAGACAGUCUGGAGUACAAACUCCUUUUGAGGUACGUACAGAAGAAAAUAGACAGUCAUCCCACCCAAAGCAACAGUGUGGGAGAGGUGAAGGCUGCUACACAUCCUCAGAAACACCAUAAAACACAGAAAAAUAAGAAGCGUAAAUUUCUGAAGAUCAUAAGCUGCAUUCGGCCAGAGAGGGAAGAUGAAGAUUGUGUGACUAGACCUCCUCACAGACAACCGGCAACUGCAGGUUCAUCUGAUUCAGACCAGGAAGAAGUUGAACAAAUUGUCAACAAGUUGACUAAACUCACAGAUAAAGUUCAUUUUAAAUCUACGGAUAUAGAAACUGAUGGUGACGAUCUUGUGGAGCAAAUAGUGGAACUGCUUCGGGAACAUGGAGAUAAACUUAACGAGAAAAUACAAAAGGACCACAUGCUUAUGAAACAGCUGCAGGACUCUCUGUCAUACGGUUUCUUUAAAAAAUUGGCCGUAGCUUUAUACACAGACUAAGUCCGGAGGAGCUUCCUGCUACACAGAGCCGAAAGCAAGCUGAGAUCGCGAUCACCUUUGAGCUGACCAGCCGCCUAAAUGCCAUGGACUCCCAUCCUAUGAACCGAGUGCUGGGCUUUGGUGCUACAUACCUGCAGGACUACUUCACCCCCUGGGUCAACCAACAAGGCGGCUAUG